GCGGUUUUCGGAGCAAAAGGAUGCAGCAGCAGUAGCAGCGGUGAAACCAACGUCCGCCGAAGAAUCAGCUUCAUCAGCGGGUUAAAUUUCUAGAAAGGAGUUUGUCUUCAGUGUUUGAACUAUUAAAAAUUCAAAUAUAAACUCAAGUUAAGUGAAUGGAAAACAUAAACAGUUUAAAGUGACUCAAGGGAAUUCAUAACUGAGAAACAAGUGCGGAGUGUCGGGGUUUUUUUUGGGCUCUGCAAGGACCCUUGGAUUACCUUGCGGGGCGAGCGGAAUCGCGAGAUAUAACUUCGCCGGCGGAAACCGAAAGAAAUCGAAGGAGAAAUCCAGGCAGGCCGCCACAAGGACAUAUUGCAGCUGCAGCAGCAGCAACAGGAGAUUAAGUGCUGGGAACCGCCAUCCUUUUUCGGGCAGUGCAUGCUUUUGAGCCCGCGAGGAAGCAGCGAUUGAAGCGGCGCUGCUGCCGCAGAAAAUGGCCGCAGCGACAACAGCAACAUCCACGAGUGCAGCGGCGAUAGCAGCAGCAGCAACAUGAAUGAGACCUGCAGCAGAUGCAGCAGCAACAUCGCACGCCGGCGAUGAUGUGCAUGGUGAUGAUGCUGAAGACGCUCAAGCGAAUGACGAUGAUGAUGUCGACGUUGUCGAGUUGCAGUUUCAAGAGCCACAACACAAUGCCAAGUGCCAACAACAAGCCGAGCGAAGGGGGAAAUUAAGUGCCAAAGGCAACCGCAGCAACACAGCAGCAGCAACAGCAACACAGCAGCAACAGCGAAAAGAUUUUUCGCCAGCCAAGCAGAAUCAAAACUAAAUUUACAUAACAAAACAGGAGCAGCCAAAACAGAAGUGGGAAAGCCCUUCAAGAAUCUCCGUUUCCCAGAAGCGUAGUCAAUAGGGAGGCAGCCACAUAGCCAGCUGCAACAUGCCCGGCAGCAACAUGUCGGCUCCGCUGUGCGGCAGGGGGCGUGGCGCCCUCUUGGUGGUGCUCCUGCUAGCCACCACCCUGAGCAGUGGUGGCUGGGCAGCGCCCACAACCGGUGGUGCGGCGGCGGCGGUGGUGGGGCAUAAGCCAUCGCAGCAGCACCACCACUCGCACCACUUGGAAAUCGGGGUGCAGGGCCACACACCCACUUUGAUGGAGGCCAGCACCAGCGGGGACGGCAGGCAUGCACCACUGGCCACAACUAAGGCGCCACCACAGCCUAGCACCACCAGCACCAGCACAAGCACCACUACCACAACCACCGAGAUGCCAAGAGCCACUGAUGAAAUUCAGGUGGCCAAACCAGUGCCAACAGCUGAAGAAGGAGUAUCUGCAAUCAGCAGUACUGAAGGGAGAACCACUGAGGAUAGAGCCACUGAGGGGAGCAGGACCUCUGAAGGAAGCAGCACCACUGAAGGAAGUAGCACCACUGAAAAAUCCACGGUAACCAAAGAAACCCUAAGGAGAUCCACUGAAGUUAGCAGCUCAGUAAGCAGCACAUCCGAAAGUAGCACCACUGAGAGGAGCACCACUGAGAGGAGCACCACUGAGGGGAGCACCACUGGGAGGAGCACCACUGAAAGCAGCACCACUGAGAGCAGCACCACUGAAAGAAGCACCACCGAAGCCAGCCGCCUCAAAAUUAGCAGCACCACUGAAAGACCUCCCUUGCUAAAUGAGACAAUCGCACCACCGGACAAAGUAGCAUUGCAGGUGGUGCAGCUGCUGGCCUUGGAGCACACGGUGGCUCCACCCUUGGACAGUGGUCACGAUGGCCUAAAGCUGACCAAAAAGAAGCAGCUGCAGCAGCAGCACUACCCCACCAGCACCACCACCAUGGAAACGGAAACGGAAAGGAGCAGCACCACCACCACUACCACUGGCCCCACCACUUCAAAGGCACCACCACCCACUCCCCUGCUGCCCGUGCACAAUGGCUACCUGGGACCGAUCUUCAUGGGCGAGAAGACCUUCAGUGUGGUGCAUCCGCUGAAGAAACCCCAGCCAGCAAACCACCAGCAUGUGGCUUCGAUUGAGAACCAACUCCGAAAUGGCCGGCUGGUGGAGAUUCUGGCACCAACGGCUCUGCUGGAACAGACUGCCGAGACCAGCACCACCCACGCACCACCGGUGGGACCCGGAGCAGCCUCGGUGCUCUCCACCACCGUUUUCCAGGUGCCCGAGCUGCAGACCAGCACCACCCGUCUGCCGGCGAGCAAUGCCAUGGAGCGCACCGAAUCCAAGAUCUCGGACAUCCAGAUCGAGGUCUACGACUCCACGGUGGACUCCAUAGUGGCCUCCACGAACUUCCGCGACAGCGAGGGCUUCUAUGCGCCACCACAGAGCCCCGUCGAGAUGGGCACCACCAGGCCGGCCCACGAGAUGAUCUCGCUGCCCCAGGAGCGCUUCACCCAGUACGUGAUCGACCGCGCAGAUGUGUCCACCCAACCGGCGUCGGGUGGUGCAGGUGGUGCGGCAGUGGGUAAGCCCGAGCCGGCGGCCAUCGAGAUCCACAUCAAUGUGUCCGAGGCCUUUGGCAGCGAGAGCGAGGACCUGGAGUUCUCCUACCGGCAGCCCUCGGUGGCGGCCGAAAAGCAGGGCAAGCCCGGCGACGAGAUCCUGGUGGUGGAGAUCAUCGACAGUGGUGCGGACAACAGCAGCGCCGAGUCGGGUGGCUCCUCCUCCUCCUCCUCGUCGAGUGGCGAGCACAUCAAUCCGAUCUUCACGUUCCGCAACUCGGAUGCGGCGGCUGCACCACCGCCUCCCGUGCGCCCUCCCCAAUCCAUUCAGGACGCCGACGAGCUCUUUAUGGCCGACCUCAAGGAGGGCGGUGGUGCAGUGCCUCGCCCACCGCCGCCGCCGCCACCACCACCGCCGCGAAAGCCCAGCAUCGAUCGCGACUCGGACACGAUCUUCUACAUCUCGAACACGGAGGUCAAGGUGGGGGAGUCGCUGCCCACGGUGGGCCCGGUGGGUGAGCAGCAGCGCAAGUUCCAGCUGGAGAACCAGUUCUUCCCCGCCAGCUACGUGAUGCAGGAGCAGGAGCAGAGGCAGUCCCAGUCGCAGCAGGCCGACGAGGACAUCAUCCUGUCGCCACUGCACCACAAUGCCGACGGCCUGAAGAUCUUCCGCAGCUCGUCGUCGAGCAGUGGUGAUGGAGCACCACCGCUGGACGUCACGUACGUGGGUGAGUCGGUCAUCGAGGUGGAGCAGCAGCCGCAGAGCUGGAGCAGCACGCCGGCACCACAGCAGCAGCAGCAGCAGGACAUCAUCAUCCAGCCGGCUGUGCUGCCGGAUCUGGCCAUCGGAGUGCCCGUGAUCGGGGAGCUGCCGCCGCAGAUCGAGCUCAAGGAGAUCGACUACAUGCCCGGGGAGCUGGGCAUGGGCAUGGGCCAGAACGGGAUGGGCAUCUACGAGAACGACAUCCAGAGCAACAGCAUCGACAGCGAGCCGGAUGUGAUCGAGAGCUCCAUCCAGUACGGCGGCGAUCUGAUCGACGACGGAGCAGGUGGCGGCUUCGACGGCGUCGAGGGCUCCUAUCCCUUCGAGAGUCCCGCCCACCGCCAGCAGCAGGUGGGUCAUGGCCUGAGCCACCUGCCCCACCGCCAGACGGCCAACCACCUGCACCGCGAACAGCUCCCGGUGGCGGAGAUGGUCAACGCCACGCUCCUCCAGAGAUAUGACGGGGGAUCGGGUUCGGGAUCGGGAUCUGCCUCGGCCAUGGCUCCCUUGCUGGCCAGCGGAAGUGGCAGGACAGCUAAUGCCACCGCCCUCUCGGAGGAUCCUCUUGGGGAUUACGAUGGAUUCUUCAAUCUCUUUGCUGUUUCCAUGGGUCUCAUCAUUGUCAUCCUGCCCUCAGCCCUCCUGGUGUCCAUGUACUGCGCUGUAAAAUAUGUGCUGGGCAAGAACUCAGGAGCGGGCACGGGUGGCGCCCCGGGCGACGACAGCGAACAGGGCCGGGACUCAAAGCACGAGGAUAUCUCACGGAAUGCCCGCGAGACGAAGAUGCACACGGACAAGGACGGCGUCUUCGUGGUGGAGGUGGCCCGCGGCAUAGACGCCAAGCAGCUGGCCGGCGACCAUCCCGGCGUGACCCUGGACGCCACCGAACUGCCCUUCGACAACAAACUGUCUCCGAACGGGGGGCACUUGCUGGACAAGGCACUGCCACCCAGCCACGAGCAGGUGCAGAUCCAUGCGCCGCCCCAGGACUUCGCUUCCGCCACCGCUGGCCAAACGGCUGCCCCCCUGCAUCUUAUCGAGGAGGCCGAGGAGCACGGAGCCGAAGAUCUCGCCCAGCAGGAAGUGGAAGGCCAAACCAAUCUGGCCCGCACCGGCCUCUCGCAAUCGGAUCUCAGCUCGACCUCGUCGAGUGACUCCAACAAGCGGUACUCCUACGGCAACCAGGAGCUCUAUGUCAUCGAGCAGCCGGGCUACGCCACCAGUUCGCCCACAGCCAAGCCCAUAUUGAUAAGCCCCAAUCAAAACGAGAAUCAAAAUCCGGGCCAGGAACGGGAGCUAAAGUCGCAGAUGUCCAUCAGUCCGGAGCAAACGGAGAUCGAAUCAAGCCAGGGCUCUAAGAAGUCAGAGGAGGAGGUUCUGCCGGAAAAGGUAAUAGAGACUGUUCCGGAAAAGGAAAAGGAUACUGCUCCCGAGAGGGAAGUAGAGAUAGCACCCAAAGAGGAGGCACCGGCUUCACCAGAAAAGUCAGCAGUCCCGGAAAAGGUGACAGAGGUUGAGCCUCAAGUAGUGGUUCCACUCAAAGAGGAAGAGCUUCCAUCAAGAAAGGAUGAGGUUCCACCAAGAGAGGAAGAGGUACCACCAAAAGAGGAAGGGGUUCCAGCCAAAGUAGAAGAGGUUCCACCCAAGGAAGAACAGGUGCCACCAAAAGAGGAAGAGGUUCCACCCAAGGAGGAAGUGCCUCCACCAACAGUCGAGGUCUCUCCGCCACAGGAAGACCCUGUUCAGAUCGAUCUGGAGGAUAAGCCAGAGAACCCAGUCGAGGAACAGCCCGAAUCAAAGCCAGAGCACAUUGAGACCCAUUCCGAGCCGGAAGAGGAGAUGGCCGUAGCAACCGAAUCCCAGCCAGAGGAGACUGAACCGGAGGCCGAGAGCAACUACGACAGCCUGAUGAGCCUGCCGGCGCCACCAUCCACGGAGGAGCUGGGCGAUUACAGCCUCAUCGAGUCCAACCAGCUGGACAGCCUGCCACCGCCACCGCCGCCGCUCCUGGAGGCCCCGAGCACUCCGCCGGCGAGCGAGAGGCCUCUCAUCAGCAACGGCAAUGGUGGGAUGGCCAAGGGCGCCACCACCACGGUGGGUGGUGCGGCCGAGGAGCCGGCCACCCUGACACCGCCCGCCUCGCCGCCCGCCACCCCACCGCCCUCGCAGACAUCGACCCAGUACGGCAGCAAUGGGUUAACCAAUGGCAUCCACGCCCUGGCCGUGGUGGACGUGAAUGGCAGUUAAGAAAGGCCAGGUGAGAUGGGUUUUUUUUUCAACGGAUCUCCUAGAGAUCGUGGGGAUGGCAUCCCCGUAGCGUGUAAGGAUUACUAGGCGUACUGACACCCAGAAGCCAAACUGUGGCAAAUUUAAAUAUAUACACUUAAUAGAGCGAAACUUUUUCCACUUACUGUUUGUUGAUUUUCGAAUAUAACGAAUAAUAACAAUUAAAUGCGAUUAAUAUAACCAUAAAUCAUAAUUAAUUGUUUGUCUAUUUGCGGCUGGCAGCCUCUCCCCCCACCUACCAGCCACCCACAACCACCCACUUCGACCCACUGCUCUCUCCAUGUCGGGGGGAGGUGCGGCUAACGAGUAUUUCAAUGUCUAUGACUACAGUAAAGCUAACGAAAAAACAAACCGAAUAAAUGGAAAAGCAAAUACAAAUCCGAAUACGAUAGAAUCUGCAUACGAACUACAUAUAAUAUAAUAAAAGAGGGCGAUACAUAGGCAAACAGAGUCGAGGAAGAGUAACUACCGAUAUGUAACGAUGCAUAAUUAAUUAGGCUAAUUAUUAACACACACAACAGCGCCAAACUCGAAAAAAGGAAAUGUCAACUGCAACGGCUACCGCUUAGAGGGCAUAAUUGUAGUGAAAUUAUUUGGGUUCGAUUGGCAAGUUCGCGGACAGCCAAUAACAUCACAGUGUGUCCUGUGUCCGGAUCCCCAUUGAGGCUUAGUGUAUAGAGUUUUAAUUAGCAGAAUCCGGAAGGAAGUCCGAGUUGGUUUCAAAAGCAUCAAUUGCCUUUUAGAGGGAUUAUAUUGAAGUGUAUUUCCGUUGAAACGGAGCUAUUUAUCACUGCGAGUUCCGGGUUCGCACAGUAAGCGUUUCCGUUUUUCAAAAGCGUAAAAAGUGUAAGCGAUUCCAAGGAAAUCACUAAAUCAACUUAUUGACGUGUCUAAAAGUAUGCAACAAAAUUUUCGAGUCCGGAGUGCCAAUGUAUUUAUCAAAAGAAAUGUCGCGUUGUUUAUUGAAGCAUACUUUUAGGCAUUUUAUGGGUGAUUUCAGACUUCAACAUUUUUAAUUUGAAAUUCGAAAGGCAAGAGCACAGAUAUAAUGGCAGCAAGCACCCCAAAAUAAUAUCCGGACAGAGACCACACCCAAAUAUCGUUGAUGUUUCGAUAUUCAUGUUUUGCAAAUUACACAAUUCACUUGACAAAAUCAAAUGUGCCGAACUUUUGUAGCAGCCAACACAAUUUACAAAGAGAAACGAACCAUUUAUACAAUGCCAAUAUGGUGAUUACAGCAGAAUAUAUGUAACCUUUUAAACGAUAAAACCAAAAUAGUUAUAGUCCUAGUCGAUACAAUAUAUAUAUAUAUGUGUAUGUAUAUUUUUUUCGUGUGUGUGUAUGGAAAAAUUAGGCGAAAAGGGGACUUCAACUCAAAGCAAAUGAGAACUAAAUGGCUAACGAUAGACCUAAGAUAAUUGGCAAACUAAAUGGAUGCAUUAAUGGUCUACACACAUAUAUACAGCAUUGAUAAAAUAUAGGAAAAACUUAACUCUUUGAAAAAAAAACUUAGAAGUAAAGACGAGCGACGAAAUAACAGAUAAAAGCCGAAAUCCGAUCACUGCAAGUGGCGCGUUAUUAUGUAAGUAGUAGGAAUUAUCCAAGCCCCGGAUACAGUGAAGGGGUCGUUUAUAGGUGGAACAUAAUCCCUGGCUAACGAUUAACCACUUUUGUUGUUUACGUUUGUUCCAAUUGUUUUAUUGACAAUUAAGCCCGACGGUCGAGCGAGGAUGCCAAUGAGAAAAUAUUAUGAAUAUUUCAAAUGAAUAACCCAAAAAAAGAAAGAAACAGUAAUCGUAAAUCAAAUACAAAAGUUAGGAAAAGCGUGAAGAGAAUUUUUUUUUGGGUCGAACGAAAACAAAAGAAAUAAGUAAAUGUGAUUGUUAUUUAACCUUAAGUUAUUAUUAAAUCUAACUUAAACUGAUAUGUGUGUGAGUGUGCGUUAAAGACGAGAUUAGCAAGCCAAACGGAACGAGGCGAAACGAAACGAAACGAAUGGCAAUGGAACGCUCAAAAGCAAAGGCGGCGAUAAGCGAUAAGCGAUUAACGAUUACCGAUUAACGAUAGCUGGCAACUAGGCGAGAUUAAGGUCCUGCUAAGGAACCGAAAUAAAUGAAAUUCAACAUUAAGAACGAUUGCAACCGAAACCAAAUGGGAAAUACACACGAAAAGCAAAGUCAA